AUGUCUGGUCCAGUCGUUGUUCACCGCGGCAUAAGGGUACACCCGAUUGACGAACAGGAUGCUGACUUUAGAGCGCGACUGGCUGGCCUCCAGGUCGGCCCAGCGCAGGCCGAACCCAGUGGUGAUUUCGGUCUUAUUGGCCUUGCGGUCAUGGGCCAGAACUUGAUCUUGAACGCUGCCGACCACGGUUUCACUGUCGUUGCCUUCAACCGAACUGUUUCCAAGGUUGACCGCUUCCUCGAAAAUGAGGCCAAGGGCAAAUCCAUUGUCGGAGCCCACUCGAUCGAGGAAUUCGUCUCCAAGCUCAAGAAACCCCGCCGCAUGAUGCUCUUGGUCAUGGCUGGUCCUGCCGUCGACGACUUCAUUGAAAAGCUGCUCCCCUACUGCGACAAGGGUGAUAUCAUCAUUGACGGCGGUAACUCCCACUACCCAGACAGCAACCGCCGCACAAAAUACCUGGCGGAGAAGGGCAUUCGCUUUGUUGGAACUGGUGUGUCCGGUGGUGAGGAAGGUGCCCGUUAUGGCCCUUCUCUGAUGCCUGGUGGUAACGAGGAGGCUUGGCCCUACAUCAAGGACAUCUUCCAGAGCAUCGCUGCCAAGUCCGACGGUGAGCCUUGCUGCGACUGGGUUGGUGAUGAAGGUGCUGGACACUACGUCAAAAUGGUCCACAACGGUAUUGAAUACGGUGAUAUGCAACUGAUCUGCGAGGCCUACGACAUCAUGAAACGUGGCCUCGGUAUGAGCUACCAGGAGAUGGGUGACGUUUUCGCCGAGUGGAACAAGGGUGUUCUGGACUCGUUCCUGAUUGAAAUCACUCGAGACGUCCUUCGCUACACCGACGAUGAUGGCUCGCCACUUGUUGAGAAGAUUCUUGACUCUGCCGGUCAGAAAGGUACCGGCAAGUGGACCGCCAUCAAUGCUCUUGACCUGGGCAUGCCUGUCACUUUGAUUGGCGAGGCCGUCUUUGCUCGCUGCCUCAGCUCCAUCAAGGAAGAGCGUACGCGUGCUUCCAAACUGCUUGAUGGUCCCAAGCCCUCUUUCACUGGAGACAGGGCUGCUUUCCUCAAGAACCUCGAGCAAGGUCUCUAUGCUUCCAAGAUCAUUUCAUACGCCCAGGGUUUCAUGCUGAUGCAAACUGCUGCCAAGCAAUACGGAUGGAAACUCAACAAGCCAUCCAUUGCCCUCAUGUGGCGUGGUGGUUGUAUCAUUCGAUCCGUUUUCUUGAAGGACAUUACCUCGGCCUACCGUUCUGACCCUAACCUCGAAAACCUGCUGUUCAACGACUUCUUCAACAAGGCUAUCCACAACGCCCAAGAGGGCUGGAGAGAUGUGAUUGCAUUUGCCGUCAAGGCUGGUAUUCCCAUGCCGGCAUUCAGCACUGCCUUGGCCUUCUUCGACGGUUACCGCACCAAGGACCUCCCUGCCAACUUGCUCCAAGCUCAACGUGACUACUUUGGUGCUCACACCUUUUUGGUCAAGCCCGAGUAUGCCAGCGAGAAGUAUCCCAAGGGCGAGCACAUCCACGUCAACUGGACUGGCCGUGGUGGAAACGUCUCUGCUUCCACCUACAACGCCUAG